AUCCGAACUCAUUUCCAAAACCGAAGGAGAGGCAACCAAGAAGGGGUGAUCCAAAACCCCACACCCUCUCUCUCUCUGUCUCUCCUCCUUCCCUCCAAACAACACCACCAACGCUCUCUCUUCGCAUUCUCACUCUUCAACUCCCGCCAUGGCCUCCGUCGCUUUCAGCGGCGCCGCCGCUGCAGCCACUGCCGCCACCACGUCUCGGCGUCUUCCCGCCUCCGCUAAACUAUCUCUCUCUCCCUCCUCCUCCUCCUCUCUCAAACUCCUCGGCUCCACUCCGAUCGUUUCCCGCCUCUUCCUCAACCCCAAACGCUGCUCGGCAGCUCCGCUGCCUAGCCGAGCGUUCAGCUCAGCCGCCGCCGCUACCAAGUGCCUCGCUUCCGACCCGGAGCAACUGAAGCUCGCCAGAGAAGACAUCAGGGAGCUUCUCAAGACCACUUUCAGCCACCCAAUUCUGGUUCGGUUGGGAUGGCACGAUGCUGGUACUUACAACAAGAACAUUGAGGAGUGGCCAAGAAGAGGUGGAGCGAAUGGGAGCUUGAGGUUUGAGAUUGAGCUUAAACACGCAGCCAAUGCUGGUCUUGUCAAUGCAUUGAAGCUCAUUCAGCCUUUAAAAGACAAGUACUCUAGUGUAACAUACGCAGACUUGUUCCAGUUGGCCAGUGCUACUGCUGUUGAGGAGGCUGGGGGACCAAAGAUUCCUAUGAAGUAUGGGAGAGUCGAUGUUUCGGCACCUGAGCAGUGCCCAGAGGAAGGGAGGCUUCCUGCUGCUGGCCCUCCUUCACCUGCUGAUCAUCUGCGUGAGGUUUUCUACAGAAUGGGGUUAAAUGACAAGGAAAUAGUUGCAUUAUCUGGGGCACACACUCUGGGGAGAUCCAGACCUGAUCGCAGUGGUUGGGGCAAGCCAGAGACAAAGUACACGAAAGAUGGGCCAGGGACACCAGGAGGACAGUCUUGGACAGCACAAUGGUUGAAGUUUGAUAAUUCCUACUUCAAGGAUAUCAAGGAAAAGAGGGAUGAAGAUCUUCUGGUGUUGCCAACUGAUGGCGUUCUUUUCGAAGAUCCAGCAUUCAAGGUAUAUGCUGAGAAAUAUGCUGAAGACCAAGAAGCGUUCUUUAAGGAUUAUGCUGAAGCUCAUGCUAAACUCAGUAACCUGGGAGCCAAAUUUGAUCCUCCAGAGGGUAUUGUGAUCGAUGAUGUUCCUUCACAGCCAGUACCAGAAAAGUUUGUGGCAGCCAAAUAUUCGUCUGGCAAGGAUUAAAAAGCGAGUAUCAUGUUUUCUAGUGCCGUCUCUUUUAAUAAUACAAGAUGAAGCUAUUUUCAAUACUCACAUAUAAUAGUUGGAAGUCUUAAAUGAAGGAGAAAGGAAUAAAUUCAAUAGUAUUACCUAUGUGAAUUGCAGAGAGAGCUGUCAGAGAAUAUGAAGCAGAAGAUUCGGGCAGAAUAUCAAGCUGUUGGUGGAAGCCCAGAUAAGCCUCUUCAGUCUAACUAUUUUCUGAACAUUAUAAUCGUGAUUGGGGUUUUGGCACUUUUGUCAUCAUUGGUUGUAAACUGAGUUUUGGGUUUCUGGUGUUGUUUCUUUUUCUUUUUUAAUGAAUGAGAGUCGCAUUGGUUGCCUAUGUGUGGGGUUUAUCUAACAAUAUCAAACAAUAUUGUCCAUAUAUGUAAGGCUGUGUUUACCUCAA